GUAAUCUCGUUGUAUUGGAUGAAACAUUUGAAAUAAAGUUCGUCUUAAGCCUUGUUCAAGAGCAAAAUAUCGUAAGAACAAGCUUGUAAAAUGACCAUUGGUCGUCAUCAGUUUGGUUCAAUAGUCUUAUCACGUGUUUGACCUUACAUAGAGCGAGGGUCGGUAAUAAGACAACGAAGCAUUUCAGAUCGAACUGUACCGUCAGAUGCAAAGUUCUGUUGUAACUGAGUGAAGUAUAGGUUGCAGGUCACACGGUUCACAAAGCCUUCGUGUGUGUGUGUCUUCACCGCCAGUGAGAAACUAUUUAAUGGAAUAUUUCUGUAAUUACGUUUUAUUCAAUGCCCUGUGCUUUACGUAUCAUCAGUGAGUAACUUUAAUUACAUUAUUAACUGAGCUGAGCGAAACAAUGACAACGAAAAGCAGAAUUCUCGUGUUAAACGCAACAGAAAAUUUGUUAACGCACUUUUAUACUUUAAAAUGUUUGCUAAAUGUGGUUUUGGUGAUGGUGUUCUGUGAUUUUUCGAGCAAAGUUUUAGAGAAUUUUUGUGUUUUAUUUUGUGAAAUCAAAGUUUGAAAUAAUAUUGGAGAUUUGGUGGUACACUUAACAAUGUGAUUUUUUUUUCAUUAUUUAAUACCCAUAUUACAAGAACGCUGAGGAAGAUCGUACAUACAAAUACACCGCAGAUGAAGACGCAGUGCCAGUAUAUUCAUAAGCCACCAGGACAAAGGCAUCAUCGAAGCUGUCACUGCUGAUGCACAGUCAUCUGUUCCUGUAUGUAAAUUUCUGCCCAGGUCAAAGGCCAGUUUCUUUACCACUGCGCCUUAAGAACGGCAGCCAGAACAGAGAGAAGUUGAAUUUAUCAACUCCAGCGCUUAAUUCAGACUUUGACUUUGUUUGCUUCAACUUAAUCACAUUGUUACGUAUGAAAUCGACACCGCAGUUUUUCAGUUUCCAUCUCCGUCGAGAUUUGCCGGAAUGGAAUUUAGCACCGACCAUGAAGCAACUGCAGAUACGGAUUCUAAUGUUCAGAAAUCAAUCACACUCUCACCUCAGUUUAAUUACAGAAGGACCACAAGUAGCAAAGAAAAUGUUAAGAAUGAUUACAUAAAUGCGAUGAAUAGUGCUGCUACCCAUGAGGUUGGUGUUUGUGGCAUGAAUGAGCGACAUGCAAUGGGCAAUGACACCAAAGAAUUUGCUGAUCUAAUAAAUCAUUUUAAACUUGAUAGAAACCAUAGUAUUAAAAGAAGCGUCCAGUUUCACAUGGAACCUACCAAAGUGGUUCCUAAUGGUGUUACACCACUUGAGAAUUUGUUGGCAGCAGAUGAAGGCUCCUCUUCCGGAAAGACCUUACUUCCCUCUAGAGUGAAGAGCAGAGGAAGCCUUACGUCUACUCCCAGCCAUUGCGGUACUUGUUACAGUGAUGAUGCUGAUAGUGAUGUAGAUGAUAUGGGAGAUGAAUCUUCUCAGGAGGAACAGUUUUCAGAACCUCAACCUCCAGAUGGAGGUUGGGGAUGGGUUGUUGUGAUUGCUGCUUUUGUCACAAAUCUUAUCGCUGAUGGUGUAACUUUCACAUUUGGCAUCAUCUACGUGGAUUUGUUGCGAUAUUUUGGUGAAGGAAAAAGUAAAACUGCGUGGAUCGGUGGACUUUUCAUGUCCAUGCCUUUAAUAUCGGGUCCAAUAGCAAGCUAUCUUACCGAUCGUUUUGGAUGCAGACGUGUCUGCAUGUUUGGAUCCAUACUUUCCGCUUUUGGAUUUGUUGUUAGUUCCUAUGCAGAGUCUAUAGAACUAUUAAUAUUUACUUUUGGUAUUAUCUCUGGUUUUGGGCUGGCUCUCUGUUAUGUAACUGCUGUGGUUAUUGUUGCAUAUUAUUUUGAAAAACGUCGUUCUCUUGCAACUGGGUUGUCUGUGUGUGGAAGUGGUUUUGGAACUUUCCUGUUUGCGCCGUUGACAACAUUCCUAGUGACUGAAUAUGGCUGGAGGGGUACAACCUUGAUCCUUGCUGGACUUUUCUUGAACAUGGCUGUUUGUGGAGCAUUAAUGCGUGAUUUGAAAUGGACCAAAGAGAAGUCAAAAGCGCUUCGUAAAGACCGAUUGCAGAAGAAUAGGAAUAAAAGAAAAAAUAAGACCUACAAUCAAUCUCUGGAAACAACUGUAUCUGGCAUGGGGAUGUUACAUCACAAACAACAGCCUCAUGGAUUUCGUACCACAAAAGAGUUGAAACAGUUGCCGCAGAGGGGAGAAAAUCCAGAUUACAUGUUGGCAGACAAACCAGGAAGUAAGAAUGGAAUAUUCAGAAAUGGAAGCGAAGAUCUAAGCCGUCAGUGCAGUUCUGUGCUGAACUUACCAACUUUUGUCUGUAAUGGUGAGAAGGUUUCUCUGGAAGUCUUGGAACUUUCAAGCUCAAAUCAGAAAUUAUAUAGCGUACUAAUCCAAAAGUGUCCAGGCCUUUUAGCAGCAUCGAGGAGUGUCAGUGAUAGUGGACUUCUCCACGAAAAUAAACAUUUUGUCACCAAUAAUAUAGCACCUCCUUCUUCUCUAGUCAUCAUUCCACAUCCGUCCAUGCAACAUCAAUCUUCUUCCACUUACCAUGACAGAAAGACUGACAAGGAGUUACCCAAGAAUGCAACCAUCGAAGAAGAUUAUUUGUCAGGGUUGAAAAAAACUCAGCAACAGCAACAGCAUCGUCAUCAUAAUCAUAAUCAUCAUCAUCAUCAUCAUCAUUACUCGAGCAGAAGAAGUUCAACUUCACAUAUCAGAGACUUGAAAUUUCAUAGGCAUUCCUUAACGUACCGUGGUGCAAUGCUGAACUUGAAACAACAAUGUCUGCGUGCAUCUUCAUGUCCAAAUAUCUGCCGCAAUUCCAUAAACACGAUAUCUAAAAAUGAAGAUGAGUGGUUUAUUGGAUUAUAUGAUAUAUGGGAUUUAAUGGUGGAUAUGGUGGAUGUGUCGCACUUCACCGACAUCCGCUUUGUGCUUUUUGCUCUCUCCAACUUCCUGCUUUACUCGUGGUACCAUGUACCAUAUAUGUUUCUGGCAGAUAAGGCUGGUGAGAUGGGAUUCUCAGAAGACGAGAGUUCUAACAUCAUCAGUUACCUUGGAAUCUUCAACACAGUUGGUGAGAUUGUCCUUGGUUGGGCCGGAGAUCGGCCUCAGCUGAACGCAGGCAUGAUCUAUGCCCUCUGCAUGACUAUGUGUGGCAUAAUGACGGCAUUCAUUCCUCUUCUCUCGUCCUACACUGGACUGUGCAUUGCGACUGGAGGUUUUGGCCUGUCCAUUGCUGCCAACUAUUCAAUGACAUCUAUCAUUCUGGUGGAAUUGAUCACAUUGGAUCGAUUCACCAAUGCAUAUGGUCUCUUGCUUCUAGUUCAGGGACUUGCUAAUCUUCUGGGGCCCCCUCUAGCAGGUUGGCUGUAUGACACAUCAGGGACCUAUGACCUCUCCUUCUAUGUGGCGGGGUUUUUCAUCAUAGUGUGUGGGGCUCUUCUCGUCAUCUUGCCUGCCAUACAAUGGACCAAGCAAAGGACAGAAGCUAAGACAUUCAGCACAUCAUCAUCAAAAGCAAACGGUGUUCCACAGCAGAAUAAUCUGAUUUGUGAAGAAGACUGUAACUUAAAAGCCAUAAACCUUCUGUCAGCUUGCAGUGGAGAAAAAAAUCCUGUGUUGAACGUUUGACAAAAUUAUCAGCCACUUUUCUUAAACAAUAGCAGUCAUUUUAUAUUUUCCACAGGCUUUGUAUUGGUAAUGUUUAUAUAUAUGAAACACCAUAUGCAGCUUCUUCACAAUUCUUUUAUUUAACCCAGUAUGUUCUGUCUAUGUGUUUGACAUGUAGAUUGGUUUUCUAACCUAACAUUUCCAUUUUCAUUGUUGAAUUCUAUAGUUUGAUCAGUUACAUUUUCCUUCUGUUCCUUUCACUUAGUGUCCACGUGCUGUACCUUUGAUGCUUGCUUUUUGCUAUUUUUAUUCUUUCUUGUGUUAGUCACUUUAAUGCCCUUUAUGGAUAAUUUAACAAGAAAUGCUAAGGAAUAGUUCUUACUCACUUCUGAAAUGAAGCAUAGAAGAAAUUGAGGUAGCAGUCGUAAUUAGCUGCUCAGCAUAAAAUAGGCACUUCCUGUUUUAUCUACAUUUUCUUGAAAAUUAAAUAUAAAGGACCCAAAAUAUGUAUUUUAUUAGUGUUUAAAUUGUUUUUGGCUUUGGCCAUAUGGAUAUUUAGCAACACUUGUUUGAAAUUGAAUUUAGGCUUGUAUGAAGGAGUAGCGACACAUUAAUUUUAACUAAGGAAGGACCUCAACGUGAAGUCUCUGAUUUACCCACAUCACAAAGUAACUGUUCCAUUUGACCGUAUGGAUUGAUAGACAUUUGCCAUUACAAGUUGUCCUGUAAUGAAAUAGCACGAUGUUGUGAAUUUGAAAUAAAAAAUUAUACAUCAGAAUACAUAAUUAAGAUUAUCUAACAGUUAUGGGACACUGUCUUUACGUGGCAGAGAGCUAUGCCGGCGGUAGCUUAGCUACUGGUAGGUCCAACCUUGCCAGACAGGUCAAUGCUUAGGGGCCAGACGAAAGGUGUCUCAAACCGCUCCAUCGGUUCUGGUUGGGCGUGUGGCUGACAACCCACCCCGUAAAAAUCAAUUGUUGAGAAACCUCAUGAAAAAAAAAAGAGGAGGCCAAGGCCCGAUAUGGGCUGUAGAGCCAUUGGGUGGAUGGAUGGAUGAACAGAUAUGGGACCAGAUGAAAUUGUUUUAAUGGGGAGAUUUAACCAAAGAACUUUCUAUUGAACAUAUCUGGUAUAUAUGAUCUGUAACUUUCGUGGAGACUGAAUUCAUCGAAGUCUUCGUGAGCAGUCGACUGCAUUAUGUGGCUAAUGUGGCUGAUUUCCUGCGAAGACUUAUUGAAUGUCUGGUGUACGCUGUCGAGUAAUAGAAAUGGGAGGUUUGACUUCAAUGUUGUUACAUAUAUGUAAUAUAUAUGCAUCUGCACAUUUUUUAUAAGUAAGCAUUUUGCAUAAAGGUGUGAAAACAUGUUUCAUUUCUUCACCUGCUUUGGAAUUUCAUUUGGAUGUUAAUAAAUGUAAACUCUCAUUCAUGUAACAUCAGUAUUCUCUGUUUUGAGGAGAUUUUUUUCAAGAGAUUAUGAAGUAGCUCUGCUUCUGUGACUGGCAUAAUGACUCCAUUUUUUGACACUGGAUUUCAUCUUUUUUUUUUAGAUUAUUUUUAACUUUAAAAAUAAAUUGUUAAUGUAUAUAGGCACUUUAAUAAAUAAAACUUCAAAGUG